AGCCGGUCCAAAGUAAGGACGAGAGAGAUUCAGACAGACCUUCAAUUGCUUCAGGCCUUCAAGUUUCAGUUACGUGUAACCUGUGGUCUGUAUCGCUCACCAAUCCAGCCAAGCUCCCACCUCCACACAAAUGGUUUCAGACCUUCAGGUCUCAGAUCUCACUAUAAAUGGAAAACUGAAAAAUAAAAUCAUAGAAUCUCGUUACAAAGCCAAGGUACUGAAUAUCCAUAAUCCAUAUGAACUGAGUGUCGUAGAGCCGUUAGUCUAGACUCUAGUGCCUACACGGAAAUGGCUACAGUUACAGGAGUUGGAGUGACGAUUGGUCUUCGCUCCCGCUUGAAAUCCAAGACCCCAACUGUCUCCUCAUCUCCGUUUAUCGGAAGAAAGCUCGAAAUCAGAAUCUCAACUAAAUUCGUCGCAGGAAAGAAGACCGUCUCCGUGGUACGUGCCGGAGGUGAUGUAUUGGAUCUCGUUCACCACCUAUUCGUCGGCGUCGGCGUUGGUCUUCCAUGCACUGUCAUGGAGUGUGGUGACAUUAUCUAUCGGAGCACCCUUCCCAAGUCCAACGGUCUCACCAUUACAGCCCCUGGAGUUGUUUUAGCCCUGGGUGCUAUCUCCUAUCUCUGGGCUACCCCUGGUGUGGCUCCUGGUUUUUGGGAUAUGUUUGUUCUUGCUUUUGUAGAGCGACUCUUCAGGCCUACUUAUAGAAAGGAUGACUUUGUUCUGGGGAAGAAAUUGGGUGAAGGUUCUUUCGGGGUGGUUUAUAGAGUUUCACUGGCAAAGAAGCCUGGUUCUAAGGAAAGUGAUCUAGUGUUAAAGAAGGCUAGUGAAUAUGGCGCAGUGGAGAUUUGGAUGAAUGAGAGGGUCCGAAGGGCUUGUGCUAGUAGCUGUGCGGAUUUUGUAUACGGCUUUCUUGAGAAUUCUUCCAGAAAAAAAGGGGAGUACUGGCUCAUAUGGAGGUUUGAAGGGGAGGCUACUCUUGCUGACCUGAUGCUGAGUAAAGAUUUCCCUUACAAUGUCGAAGCAAUGAUUCUGGGUGAGGUCCAGGAUUUGCCAAAGGGAUUGGAGAGGGAAAACAAAAUCAUUCAAACAGUCUUAAGACAGCUUUUAUUUGCUCUAGAUGGACUCCAUUCAACGGGGAUUGUUCACAGAGACAUCAAGCCCCAGAAUAUUAUUUUCUCUGAAGGGUCUCGCACAUUUAAGAUCAUUGACCUUGGUGCUGCAGCUGAUUUACGAGUGGGAAUUAACUACAUUCCAAAAGAGUUUCUGUUAGACCCAAGGUAUGCAGCACCAGAGCAAUACAUCAUGAGUACACAAACUCCAUCAGCUCCCUCAGCUCCUGUGGCAACUGCUUUGUCCCCAGUCCUGUGGCAGAUGAAUUUACCUGAUAGGUUUGAUAUCUACAGUGCUGGGCUCAUAUUCCUGCAAAUGGCAUUCCCAUCAUUGCGCACUGACAGUAGCCUUAUACAAUUUAAUCGGCAACUGAAAAGAUGUGGAUAUGACUUGGCUGAAUGGAGGAAAACUGUAGAGCCUCGCGCUGGAUCAGAACUCCGAAGAGGAUUUGAGUUACUGGAUUUAGAUGGUGGGAUAGGGUGGGAACUUCUAACAUCAAUGGUUCGGUAUAAAGCACGGCAGAGAACAAGUGCCAAAGCUGCUUUAGCUCAUCCAUAUUUUGAUAGGGAAGGUCUGUUGGCCUUAUCCUUCAUGCAGAACUUGAGGCUACAGUUGUUUCGUGCCACUCAGCAGGAUUAUAGUGAAGCAGCCAAGUGGGUAAUCAACCUUAUGGCAAAAUCUGGGACAAAGAAGGAUGGUGGCUUCACUGAAUCUCAGCUGCAGGAGCUCAGAGAAGUGGAACCAAAGAAGAAGGCAAGUGCCCAACGGAAUGCCCUGGCUUCAGCUCUUCGUCUACAGAGAAAGAUUGUAAAAACACUAAAUGAGAGCAUGGAUCAGCUCAACCGACGUAGAAAAAGCCUAUGGUGGAGCAGGUGGAUUCCUAGAGAGGAAUGAAGAAGAUAUACUUUUUGUAAAUUGUUUAGCAUUGUAAUUGGCCAAUUUAGUUGAAUGAGGAAGGUUUGUUAUCUGA